AUGGCUGAGUCUGGCACUGUCGCAAUCACGUUUAUUCGUCAUGGAGAGUCUGAAGACAACCUGCGCCCGAUCUGGGCAGGUUGGAGAGACACCCCGCUCUCCGAGCUAGGGACAAAGCAAGUAAAAGCUCUCGGAUCCUCACUUUCGUCAACGCGCUUCGAUAUCAUCCUGUCAUCGACAUUGAGACGGGCGUAUAUGACUGCAAAGGCAGUCCAGGAGGCACAGCACGAACCUAAGCCAGAGAUACUCACCUCGCUGCUCCUCCGAGAGCAGACCCGCGGGAUCGCGGAGGGUCAUCCUUGGAUUACGGAGCCGAGGCUGGGGCUGUCGUUGGAGGAGCACUACGCGCAGGGUCUCUUCCCAAUCCACCACGAACGGUGGCAAAAAUUCCCUGGAGGCGAGUCGCUUGAAGAUCUUGAGCUAAGGGCGAACAAGGCGGUAAAGGAGGUUAUCCUGCCACAUGCACUGACGCUUUCGAAGGUCCGAAAGCCCAAGACUCACAUUGCCGUGGCGAGCCAUGGGCUGUUAAUUGCAGAGAUGAUACCAGCGCUCUUGAAGCUGGACCCGACCAGUAGCGAGCCCCACACAACGUACCGAGGGAUGCUCAACAGUGCUUGGGCACGAGUGACGGUAGAGAUUGUCGGAGGACACGACCGCGACGAGCGAUGGCCUGACAUGCGUGUUAGGGUGACAGACUUCAAUAGUCAUGCACAUUUGAAUUCUAUCGUACCGCUGAGCACUGGUUCGGAGAAGAGGGACAGUGUCCAGACUUUUGCAGGGGACGAGGAGGAUUCGAUUGCCAUUCAGGCAGAGCAGAAAGUCAACUAGUCUUGCCGGGGAGAGAUAGAGCGUCCCUAAUGUAUUUCCGGAGUUUGUGAACAUUGGAGGUGGAAGAAUACGUCUAGAGAUGUCUGCACGUGCUCAGCCUCAUUAGGAGAUCAAGUGACUGUGGUAUAUAUACCGAACUUAGGGCGAGCCGUACGGUAGCAGCUUCUUCAAGGUGCUUGUCUGUUUGCCAUGAGAGUACGCAGUCUGGGCCAGCCGGUUUUUCUGUGCAGGCGUCUUGUCUACAUUCAAAUGCGAGUGAAAUGGACGCGCUCGUUUGAACUUGCCGUUCGAGACAGACCUCCACCGCUUCUUCGCGCCCGAGUGGGUCUUGAGCUUGGGGUAUUGAUGCAUUGCCGACGUCGAGAAAGAACGUAUGGACGACGCUAAGCGUGCCGCAAGGGGGAACAUGGUGACUUGUCUCUCUGCUCGUGCAAGUCGGAGAGCAAGCGC